AUGAACAUGAUCAUCAGCAACAUCGGCGAUGGCAGCUUGACGGCGAAGAAGAGCCUCAGCAACGGGAAUCAGGGACCGCUCGCGGAUAACCAGUGGCAGCUCGACGUCCAGAACUGGUACGGCAUCUCAAUGGCCGUGCUGCAAAAGUCUUUCGUCAACGCGGCAGUCGGGCCGGCAGAUGCGGCUCUCAGGUCGUUCGUCACGGCGCCUAAUGCCACGGAAGAGAAGACUAUGUGCAACAGCCAGAAAAUCCGCAGCAGUGCCUACUCCUCCUUCAGCCUCUGCGGCCUACUCUUCGUCUUCCUCUGCGGCGGGCUCAUCAUGGCGAUCUCGUGGAUCCUCGAGCCCCUCUUCACAUUCCUGGAGAAGCGCUUCAAGCUGCUCAGUCAGUACGCGCGCCUCGAGUGGGCCGUCAACAGCGCGCUGCAGAUGCAGCGCCUGGCGCACGAGCAGCUCGGGGCGGGCAGCUGGACCCGCGGCGCCGAGAGCGUCCCGCUCACCGAGGCGGACGCCGAGCUCGGCGUGCUGGACCUGGCGGACGAGAAGCAUCCACGGCUGAUGCGGCCGGUACCGCUCGUGACUGCGGGAGCGAAGGGUGGGAAUGGGACCUCGAGGAAAUCGUCGGAGCUUCCGAAGUAUGAGACCACACCCAAGAGUGUGAUAGAGAAGACGGCGACGCUGCCAUCGCCUACGCUGUCGCUUAGCUUGGAAGCUCACCUUGACUGGACCCUUAUGUGGUGGGAUGAGGGGGUACGAGGAGAACUGAGCUACGAUGAUGAGCUCUAA